AUGUUAUUCAAUCAAUUUAUACUAUGGUUAAUUUCAAUACCCUUAAUAUUAGCUUCAGGAACAAUUCAUCGAUUUGAUUGGAAUGUGAGUUAUGUAAUGGCCAAUCCUGAUGGCAUUCAUCCUCGAAGAAUGAUUGGGAUCAAUAAUCAAUGGCCAAAUCCAACUAUUCGUAUCAAGAAAAAUGAUCGAGUAAUUAUUAAUUUAACUAAUGAAUUACCUGAUAAAAAUGUAUCAUUACAUUUCCAUGGAUUAUUUCAACGUGGAUAUAAUGAUCAAGAUGGACCAGCAUUUGUGACCCAAUGUCCUAUUGCCCCUGGAGUAACAUUCAUUUAUGAUUUUAAUGUUACUGAUCAAUAUGGUACUUAUUGGUAUCAUUCUCAUAUGGGAUCACAAUAUGGUGAUGGAUUAAGAGGAUUGUUUAUUAUUGAAUAUGAUAAUGAUGAUGAAUAUAAUAAAGAAUUUCCUUAUGAAUACGAUGAAGAUGUGACUUUAACUGUGGGGGACCAUUACCAUUUAGAAUCUCCAGAAAUUGUUAAAAAUUUCAAGACAAGAUUUAAUCCAACUGGAGCUGAACCUAUACCACAAAAUGGAUUAUUUAAUGAAACGAAAAAUGUCACUUGGAAAGUGAAUCCUGAUACUACUUAUUUAUUACGAAUAGUGAAUGUGGGGUUAUUCCCAUCGCAUUAUGUUUAUAUUGAAGAUCAUACAUUCACCAUUGUUGAAGUCGAUGGUGUGGUGGUGGAACCAUAUGAAACAGAUUCAUUAUAUAUUGCUGUGGCACAAAGAUAUGUUGUAUUAAUGAAAACAAAGAAAACUACUAAUAAAAAUUUCCGAUUUAUUAAUGUAUUAGAUCAAGAUAUGUUAGAUUUUUUACCACUGGAUUUACAAAUUGUUUCGACUAAUUGGAUAGUUUAUGAUAAAUCAUUGGAUUUACCUCCGGCAUUACCUUUUAACGAGUUUCACAAAACAAUUAAAGCACUCAAAGGGUUUGAUGAUUUUGAUUUACGACCAUUACGUAAAGUCAAUCUAUUAGAUGAACCAGAUUAUACUAUACAGGUGAAUCUAACUAUGGAAGUUUUAGGUGAUGGUGUCACUUAUGCAAUGUUUAAUGGUAAAACAUUUAGACCACCUAAAGUCCCGUCAUUGUACACGGUUUUAUCUACUAGUGGUGGUGACACGAAUUUAACCACAAAUGAAUUGAUUUAUGGUUCUAAUACAAAUUCAUUUGUAUUACAAGGAGAUGAAGUUGUUGAAAUAGUUUUAAACAAUAUGGAUCCAGGGAAACAUCCAUUCCAUAUGCACGGACACAAUUUCCAAGUUAUUUCUCGAUUUGAUACUGAUGAUGAAGAUAAUCAAUUAGUAUUUGAUCCUAAAAAUGAAACAUACACAAAUUAUCCCGAAUUCCCCAUGGUUAGAGAUACUGUUGAAGUAGGACCUAAUGGGUUUAUUGUUCUUCGAUUUAAGGCCAACAAUCCAGGGGUGUGGUUUUUCCAUUGUCAUGUUGAUUGGCAUUUAGAACAAGGUUUAGCAUUAUUAUUAGUUGAAGAUCCAAUAGAAUUACUUUCUUCAAACACAACGAUUUCUUCAAAUCAUAUUGAUGCAUGUAAAGCCGUUGGCAUGCCAAUUAAGGGCAAUGCUGCUGGUAAUAAUAUUGAUUUAUUAGAUUUACAAGGUGAAAACAUUCAACCAGAGCCUUUACCAGCUGGAUUCACUAAUAAAGGUUAUUUUGCAAUUGCAUGUUGUACAUUAAUUGCCAUCUACGGAUUAUGGUCAAUUUAUAAUUAUGGUAUGGAAGAUGUUAGUAAAGAUAAUGCUGAAGAUGUGAUUGAAAAAUUAUAUAAAAUAUUGAACGAUUAUGAUUAA